AUGGAAGACUUUAAUAACGUUCAUAACGUUGACAAUGCUGACUAUGUUGAGAGUACUGACCAUGUUUCCAGCCCUUAUGCAAAAAAUAAUAUAAAUUACAAUGCAUUUGAUGAAAAGGAUGUCGAAGCAAAUCAGAAUAAUGCAAAUGUCAUUAAUAGCUUAGUGGGGAAAAUUAUAUCAGAAAAAUACUUGUCUGAUUUUAUAAAUGAAGAGAUAUUUUUUAUAGGAGAAGUUGUUGGAAUAGAAGAUAAUAAAAUUAGCCUAAAAUCAGUAAAUGGCAAAUGUGUCGAGUGUGUCAUCCAAGACAGGAAUUUCAAAGCACAUACAAAAUACGUAGGCAUAAAAGGUACCGUAUCAGAUGACUUAAAAAUAAUUGAAACAAGAGGAGUAAUAUUCUUAGAAGAUAUUAAUUUCGAAAUAGUUAAUGAGUAUAUAAAUAUUUAUAUGCAAAAUAUAAACUCAGAUGUUUUUUUAUCAUCCUACUAG